GGGAAGUGGAAGGAAUGGAAGGAAGUGCAGAUUACAUUCCUACGAUACGGAAUAUGCGGACACAGGCAGACAGGGCAUUGUGCGCCAUGUCGUUUUGUGCAGGAUCCUUUUGUCCCUCCACUACUUUAGCCGAGCGGCACCAAACCUUGGAAGCUCUCAGGUCUCCGUUCUUGUCCGUUCGGCCCAGAGCUUCAUUCCGCCCGCAAACAGUCCGCUCCCCACGGCACCGGACCUCAUCUGGCUCGAUCUUGGAGUAUAUUCACCCGGGUAACCUACUGGAAGCCUGCUAGGGCGGUUUAUCGGCCACAGGCGACAGCAAGCGUCAUGACGGGCACAAUCCUCAUCACAGGCGCCAACGGCUCGCUGGCCAUUCCGGCCGUGGAACAUCUGCUUUCGCAAUUUCCCGCCUUCACUCUAGUGUUGACGGUCCGCAACACCAGCGACGAAGACGUCAACACCAAAGCGUUGCGUCAUGUGCUUGCCAAACACGACGCCAAGGCGCGCGCCUCCAUCCGAAAGCUCGAUCUUGCCUCGCUCAAGGAGGUCUCCGCGUUCGCGAGCGGUCUCGAAACCGAAAUCGCCCAGGGCACUUUGCCGCCGCUAGCUAGUAUCGUCUGCAACGCCUUCUACUGGAACCUCAAGGGUCCCUUCGAGCUCACGGAGGACGGUUAUGAGAAGACGAUGCAGGUUAACCACCUUGCCCACGCAAGCCUCGUGCUGCGGCUGCUGGGGAGCUUCGGUCCCGACGGCGGACGUGUGGUGCUGUUUGUAGGAGACAGCAUCGAGCCCGGCAAAAACAAGCUCGAGGUCAUCCCGGCCUCGAUCCCCACCAGCCCCGAUGGCCUCGAGCACCUCGUUCACCCCGCCCCCGACGAUUCCGCAGCCGGCGACAGCCUGGCCCACGGGUUCUGCCGCUACGCCACAUCUAAGCUCACGAUUCUCACAUGGGGCCUGGCACUGAUCCGCCGGCUGGAGAAGGACCCAAAGCUGAGCAACAUCACCGUCUUCAUCUGGAACCCAGGCAACCUUUCGGAUUCCCGCGCGCAGCUGACCAACACGCCUCGGAAACUGGUCAUUCUCUCCAAGCUCGUCGUGCGGCCGCUCAGCUUCGUGCUACGGCUGAUGGACCCAAUCGCCCGGACAUCCGGCGCGGCCGGCAUCGACACCGCCCGCGUGGCCGCCAACGCGGCGCACCCGGGCGAGCGCGGCUUCUUCACCCUCUUGAAGAGAGACCAGGCCCCGGCCGUCAGCAGGGACGAGCAAACGCAGGAUGCGGUGUGGACUAGAAGCGCGGAGUGGGCGGGCAUCACGCAGCAGGACACGGCGCUGGCGCUUUGAUGGAACUGAACAAGCUGAAGCCGCAUGCGCCCGCAAGGCCAUGCCUGCAGGGCGAGGAGCUGCACGAGCAAAGCGUGCUAUGUUACCUUAUAUAGGUAUAUAUCGUGGUUCAUGCGGCGAGGAUGACCGUAUGUGAGAGAAGGACGGCGGUAUACCGGGCUGACUACCAGUCGAGGAUUCCAACGGGCCGUGACGAUUUCUUCAAUUGAAUAUACCUAUCAACUCUACCCUCAUCCGCCGCCUAAG